AUGAUUGACGCAAUGAUCAAGACCCCAGGUAGCCGACUAUCGCAAUAUCGCAACAUCGUAAUAUUCGAAAAGCGCAACAUUCGAGAUAGGAUCAGCGGCCGGGUCGCCGGCGCGAGCAGGCUCGUCGCAAGUCCGGACUCCCAGGCGACAUUCCAGGGCAGCGGUUCGUACGUCGUGUUCGACUGGGGAAGGAGCCCGCUCAAGUUGGACGACUCGUGCCAGCCCGCACGGCUGCAGAACUGGGACAGAAUCCAGACGUUCCACGUGCCGCGAGCCACGGGGCUGCUGACGCAGACCGUGGGACAGCAGCGCGGCGGGUUCCGCUUCCUGACGAUUGUGAGUGCGAGCGCGGACCCGCUGACGAUCUCGAACAUCUCGCUGGCGAUCACGUUCAUGCCCCACUGGGAUGAUCUCAGGGCGUACCCGGGCUACUUCUUUGCACCUGACCCCGGGUUCCACGACAUCGACUGCCUCACGAAGAUCUGGCACUAUAGGGUGCAGACCAACACAAUCCCUCCCCACACGGCGCGACAGGAGCCGUGCCCAGCAGGAGGUGGCUGGUCCAACGAUGCCUUGGGAGGAGCUGCCACUGGGCCUAUCCUCGUCGAUGGUGCAAAACGCGACAGGAACAUCUGGCCAGGCGACUGCGGCAUCUCCACACACACGGAGCUCGUCGCGCUGAGCGACAUGGAGCCGACCAAGAACUCGUUGAUGGUGAUGUUCCGCACGCAAAACCUGACGACUGGCGCGCUGCAGUACUCCGGGCCGCCGCUGAACAACCAGGGAAGCGACACGUACAUCUCGUGGUCGCUCAUUGGGACGCACAACUACUUCCUGUACACGGGCGACCUCGAUUUCAUCAAGUCUGUCUGGGCGAACUACACCAAGGCGGUUGGCUUCCUUGAGGGCCAGGUGGACUUGACCGGCCUGAUGAACGUCUCGUCUGCGCUCUCGAACGACUGGGGCAGGGCCAGCGGCGCCGGACACAACUCUGCGGCAAACGCGUUGCUUUAUCGCGUGAGGAUUGAUUUCUGUCUCUCGCAUCAUGUAUCCGCGCUCAUCAAGCUCGUAGACGCUCGUCACCACGGCGGACCUGGCGACGCAUCUCGGCAAUGUCUCCCUCCCCGCCACAUACCUCGCCAACGCGACCAAGAUCAAAACUGCGUUCAACAGCCUGCUGUGGGACGCCGCGGCGGGCCGGUUCCGCAGCAACGACCUGCCGAGGAGCAUCCACCCGCAGGACGGCAACGCGCUCGCGGUCCUGUACAACCUCACGACAUCGGACGCACAGAACAAGGCCGUGAGCGCCGGGCUGAUGAAGUUCUGGACGCCCAUCAGGCCGUGGCUUCGAGGUGCGUGUUGCGCUGGUGGUUUGUGGUUUGCGUGUCACCUGCGCGACAGAUCCAAGCGCAUUUUGUGGCCGGCAAGGGCGAGCGGGCAAUUGAUCUGAUCGAGCGCGAGUGGGGGUACAUGCUGGAAACCAACUUGAGUGUCAAGUCGCCGCUGCUAGAGGGCUUCUCGGCCAACGGAUCGCUCGGGUGCGUGUCGUAUCAAUCAGCUGCGGCAAGCUGUCAGGCAGCAGCUCCGCAGAUGAUUUUGGAAGUUUCUCACCAGAAUUUGCUGUCUUCUGCGGCGCCUGGGCUCGUUCAAACGUUCAAACUCACGGACGAAGAACGAAUGGCAGUUCUGACGGCUGAAAUUAAUCAACUACGCACACGGGCCCAAGCUAAACGCGCUAUGGAAGUUGCUAAUCAACCAGAAGUCCCUGAACGCACUAUUCCACCGGCGGUAGCGCGAAAUCCAGUCGUUCCACCUGUUCCAAUCGAAACCGUCCCUCCUGCGACCGCCCCUGCUGCUCCAGUUGCCCCGCCUCAACCCCCAAUCCAUCCGUACGCCGCAGCUCGUGAUGGCGCUUACGCACCGCCCAAAGAACGAAAUGUUGGAAUUCCAGCGCAGAAAUCACAACCCCCACGCUCUUCGGCUCCGAUCUACAACCCCAAAGAUGCUGCAGCUGUUUUCGACGCCAUUUUGGACAUCCCUGUCACCCAGACGCUUCGCCAGACCCUGUCGAUUGCCCCAGAAGUCCGUGCUCAAUUCCGCGAAGCCACUAGUUUCCGUCGUCCCCCUGCCAAGACUGGCGAGGCAGUGCCUCAAUUCCUGCAUCCUGUCACUGAUAGCACGCCCUACGACCUUCCAUAUGCUCAGGACGACUCAGAUUUGGUCGAAAAACCAGACGUUGCCCCCAGACGCUUGGGUGGUCCCAGAUAA